ACCAUUGAGUUUCGCCAGCAUGCUGGCACGAUGGAAGGGCUCAAAAUUACAAUGUGGAUUCGAGUGUUGGCUGGCAUGGUUAAAUUCAUCGAAGAGGUGAGUACCGCCAGCUUUCAUCAACUUCUGAUCCCUUUAAUGCUGGCAGAGACAUGGGAAAAGACUUACAACGGCAAAGAUGACGAGAAAGAACAGAAACUCGGACCGAUUCCUGCAGAUGGUCUCUUUACCAUCAUCGAUUUACUGGAACAUAUUGGCUUAACAGAAGAAGCACAGUACUACAAC